GCUGCGGGAGGAGGGUUGGUGCUGGAUUUUGUCGAAUUUUGCCAAUUUUUGCCCGGUUUUGCCAAAAUACUCGUGCAGCUCCUCAGGAAACCCAAAGCUUUGUCAGCUCUUCUGCAAUUUUUUGGUGCCGACUUUUUCUUCUGCUUUUUCUCCAGAGCCCUAGAGCUAGGCCAGGCCGAUUUCCUGCCCUUCCCCUCCUGCUCCAGCUCCAGCACGGCCUCGUGUGGGGUUUCAAACCUGCCACAGAAUAUUUUUGCCGUUGCCAAUCCAUUUUUUUCUCGGGUAUUUAUCCCAGCAUGCGGGAUGGAACUCUGGGAUUGCCACUGUGCAGAGGCUUUAGGGUUUAGAUUCAUCCUCUGGCAGGUUUUACUACCUUUGCUUGGAUUUUGGUGUGGAAUUGGGUGUUUUUCUUUCAGGAAAAGGAUUUUUUUUUUUUUUUUGUCCCAGGGGACUGGGAGGAAGCACAUGGUGAUGUGGGAGGUGGAAGAAAACAGCAGCUUGUGGAGAAAAUGCUUUUUGCUCAUCCCAGUUUCUCCUCUAGAAGGGAAGGGAGGGAAAAGGCCCUGAAAAAUUAAAUCCUGUCUAGGAUGUCAGCCAAGGAAAAGCACGACCCCAUUUUGUCAUUCAAAACCAUCCCAGUUCCACAUUCCAAGGUCUCUUUGACACCCGAAUUCCAAACUGUUCUGAAUCCAUGAGCAUCCCAAGGGCUCCACACCAAACCCCAUUUUAAUUCCAUUUCAUAUUGUCCAAAAAUCCCACUUGAGACCUAAGACAGGGCGUGCCCCAAGGUGAGAUUUUGGGGAAUUCCAAGCAUUUGCAUGACCCAAAAAUCCAGCUGGGAUCAUUUUUAAAAAGCUGAAGAAUCAGCCCAGUAUCUCUGCCUGCUUGGAAAAUUCAUCCCUGGUGCCAGCGCGGGUUUGGGAUGGCCCAAGGACGCAGCAGGACCUGGACCCGCACGUUUGAAGUUUUGUAGGAUGAAAAAAGAGGAAAAUAAUCAGAGAAAAGGAACAUUUCCCAUUUACCCCCCUCCGUCCCGCAGCUCUGGCGUCCCUGGGACACCCGCGGAUGCUCCAAAUGCAAAUUUAGCGUCAGGCUAUCUCCGCGGGGAUUAAAUUUUCAGUGAGUUCGCGGCGCCUCCGCCCUUAUCUCAUCUCCCUCCUUCCCCGGAGCAGCCGCACCGAGCCCCGCCCGCACCUCCGGAGCCUUUUCCAGCGCCGGGGGGAGUUCAUUUUUCAUUUUUCACUUUUCAUUUUUCUUUUUUUUUUUCUUCUGGCUUUUGUUUAUUUUUAUUUGGUGGGCGGGGGGGGGGGAGGAGGGAAAGGUGUUUCUAUAUUUCUUUUGAUUUCCCCGUUCUCCGGGGCAGGGGGCGGCUCCCCUGAGCUGCCUCUGGUCCCUCGGCAGCUCGGCUCCCAUGCCCCGGGAUGGAGCUCGGCGGAGGGGACGCGGUGCCCUGCGGGAAGGACAAAUUCAUCUCCAGGAAUGAGCUGCUCCUGCACCUGAAGACCUACAACAUCUACUACGAGGGGCAGAACCUGCAGCUUCGGCACCGGGAGGAGGAAGGGGAGCUGAUCGUGGAGGGGCUGCUGAACAUCUCGUGGGGGCUGCGCCGCCCCAUCCGCCUGCAGAUGCAGGAUGACAACCAACGCAUCCGCCCACCUCCCUCCUCCUCCUCAUGGCACUCGGGCUGCAACCUGGGUGCCCACGGGUCUGUGCUGAAGCCCAGCACACUGCCGGACAUCCCGGUGACAGACGGAGACACCGCACCCAGCACGGAGAACCCUGGGAAAGGCGCAGGGACCACAAGGAUUCUUGACCCAGAGGCCCCGCAGCUGAUGCGGACCCGCAGCGACGUUGGCGUCCGGCCCCGCGGCAGCGUCCGCACGCCCGGCGAGCAGCGGCGGCUGCGCCGGCACCGCUUCUCCAUCAACGGCCACUUCUAUAACCACAAGACCUCGGUAUUCACGCCCGCCUACGGCUCCGUCACUAACGUGCGCAUCAACAGCGCCAUGACCACACCACAGGUGCUCAAACUGCUGCUCAACAAAUUCAAGAUCGAGAACUCUGCAGAGGAGUUUGCUCUGUAUAUGGUGCACACAAGUGGAGAGAAGCAGAAGCUGCGCGGUAGCGACUUCCCCCUGCUCGCCCGCAUCCUGCAGGGCCCCUGCGAGCAGGUGUCCAAGGUGUUCCUCAUGGAGAAGGACCAGGUGGAAGAGGUCACCUACGACGUCGCCCAGUACAUCAAAUUCGAGAUGCCCAUCCUCAGGAGCUUCAUCCAGAAGCUGGAGGAGGAGGAGGAUCGGGAAGUGAAGAAGCUGAAGCACAAAUACUCCAUCAUGCGGCUGAUGAUCGAGCAGAGGCUGGAGGAGAUUUCUGAGGGCCCAACGGCGAUGUGAGCGUCCAUGGGAUGUGCUGCACCAAAUCCCAACCCCGAAAUGCUCCUGGUGUCCAUCUGGAUGGCUCCAGCCCCGAGCCAAACCCCCUCCCACACCUUCAUCCCCACAGAAUCCUCAGGGGCUCUCAAGAGCUGGUGGCAGCUUCAGCCAAAACCUCAAAUCCCUGGAAGUCACAGGGAGGGAAAAAAAAAAAAAAAAAAAAAAACAAAAAAACAAGAGGAGAUCUGUGAGCAGCACAAAGGCAAGAAAAGGGCUCAGCAAGGGCUGCCAGCACUCCAGAGCUGGAAUUUUGGGGGCUCAGUUUGGAAAUGUCCAACGUGGCUCCCAGUGAGGGACCUGCUGCAAGAGAGAACAAAAAAAUUCCUCUUUUUUAUUUUUUUUUAGAGAAAAGCACAUUCCUACUGCAAUAAUUCACAGAAGUUGGGAGGAUUUUGUAAAUCUGAAGGGUUGGCUGAGAUUUUGGGGGGGGGCAUUUAACCCUGACCUGCGGGCUCACAGGUGGAUUUCCAGCACAGGAAAAAAUCCCAUUUUUUCCAGCACCUUCCCCUAACCUGCAUCUGGUUGCGCAGCUCCCUCCAUCCCCCACUCUAAUUUGCACUAAUGUUUAGGGAUUUUUAAGAAAACCACGAUGUCAAACCUCUCUGGUAGCUGUAAAUGCCAAAUAGCACUCACAGGGAUAGCUGAGGGCCUCGAGCAUCUCGAGGGAUGCUGAUGGGAAAGGGGGGAAGGCAGGAGGAGGGGGAGGCAGAAAUAAAGAGGAUUUUCUUUUCCAAAUCUCAUUUUCCAGCAGUGCCAGCAAAUUGUCCUGGUGAAACCAGGACCAGACUGGCUCCAUCACCACCAGCAGCUGGAAAAACCUCUUUCCUCCCAGGCUAAACCAGCAAUAUCCAUUUUAUACCUCGUUGUGAACUAAACCUCUGUCUUUCUCCCCCUCCUUUUGAGUUUUUGCAAUUCAUCUUUGUAAUUUUUUUAAUGGUACCUUUUCCACCUUUAACUCAUGUUCGGGAAAGUGUUGUACAGCGAGAGGAGCUUUUGAUGUGUUUGAAGGAUGAUUGUGGCACUGCUGCGUGGAUUAA